ACAAAGACACAAACUCUGAGAUUUAUGUUAGUAUUUACAUGCACCCAGUUGAUGACGUGAGUGAUUGCUGCUGCUGCUUCUCUGCAGAUUGCAAACAUGCACGCUGCCACCUGCUCUGUCAGACAGUGUACAUGCGCGAGUGUGCUGGGGCAGCAGACGGUCAUACCUAAUGUGAAAACCCUUGUAAGAGCCAAGCUGGAAGUGGACUUCAGACUAAAACACUGCGACCUCAGAGUAACGCUGAGAUAAAGCUUCCUACACUGGUUUUCAGCAGAACGACGACACCUGAGAGCGCGUGUCAGUCCUCUCAGCUGCAGUGUGGAAUACUAGCUAUGGGCGCAUGGGGCAAUAGACACAAAUACAGAACAUGGAUUUCAUCGACCGAGACCGCUACAAGAGCGUGAUAAAAGAGGAGACCCAGGACCCGGAUUUCAUCGACCAGUGUCGCUACAAGAGCAGGAUAAAGGAUGAGAGCCAGGAACCGGAUUUCAUCGAUCAGGACCGCUGUAAGAGCGGGAUAAAGGAGGAGAACCAGGAAAUGGAUUUCAUCGAUCAGGACCGCUAUAAGAGCGGGAUAAAGGAGGAGAACCCGGAAAUGGAUUUCAUCGAUCAGGACCGCUAUAAGAGCGAGAUAAAGGAGGAGAACCAGGACCCGGAUUUCAUAGACCAGGACAGUUACCAGAGUGGGAUAAAGGAGGAGGACCAGGACCCGGGCCACUGGAGCAACCAUCCCGCUGGUCCCAGCGAUCAACAGAGAGGAGGAGGUGAACUGAAACAUCACUGCUGUCAGGACUGUGACAAGACCUUCAGGACAUCCAGUGAUUUAAAGAUGCAUCAGAGAGUUCACGGUGAAGACUACCCAUUCAACUGUGACCAGUGUGGAGAAGCAUUCAGAGUCUUAAGUAACCUUAACCAACAUCGACGUCUUCACACUGGAGGGAAAUCAUACUGGUGUGAUCAGUGUGGAAAAUCUUUUGCACAUCCCAGUUACCUAAACAAGCACCAGCGUGUUCACACUAAGGAGAAGCCACAUACCUGUGACCAGUGUGGCAAAGCGUUUACACUGAUGUGUCACCUUAAAGCUCAUCAACUCACUCACACUGGAGAAAAACCAUACAUCUGUGACCAGUGUGGCAAAGCAUUUACACUGAUGUGCCACCUUAAAGCUCAUCAACUCACGCAUACUGGAGAAAAACCAUAUAGCUGUGACCAGUGUGGCAAACCUUUUGCACGUAUUGCUAACCUUAAAGCUCAUCAACUCACUCAUACUGGAGAAAAACCAUAUCACUGUGACCAAUGUGGCAAAGCCUUUACACAGCUGGGUAACCUUAAAGCUCAUCAGCUCACUCAUAGUGGAGAAAAGCCAUAUAACUGUGAUCUGUGUGGCAAAGCUUUUAAACAGAUGUGUCACCUUAAGGCUCAUCAACUCACUCAUACCGGAGAAAAACCAUACAGCUGUGACCAGUGUGGCAAAGCUUUUACACUGAUGUGUCAACUUAAGGUUCAUCAACGCACCCACACCGGAGAGAAAUCUUACUGCUGUGGUCAGUGCGGUAAAGCUUUCUCUCAUCACAGUAACCUAAACAGGCACCAGCGUGUUCACGCUAAGGAGAAGGGAAAGCUCUGUCUGUAACCAUCUUGGCAAGUCAGAAUCGAGAUGUUAGAAACAUAAACAUAACAAAGAACACCCCCCAUGUCUUUGGGGGUGUUCUUUGUACAUGGACUACCACGUUGGCUGGAUAACCGUGUUGACAGUUUCACAUUAUGUCGGAUGUGCUGGUUAUCUGAAAGUCUGACAGGAAUUGUUGUCAGUGCAACGUCUGUAAUCUCAGACCUACUCAGGAGCUGGUUUGUUCUCAGGCUUAUUCAAUGUAAACAGAUCAUUUCCAGAUUUAAAGAGUCUCGGAGCAGGAAGUGACUCGCUGAGCCCUUGGGCCCGUCCCAAACCGCUCAGAAUCAAAAGGUACUAUUUCAGUUGGGAGGAAAGGAUUUACUGAGGUGGAUUAUUAGCAUCUCACACUAAGGGCAGACAAAGAGGUGCUGUGCUCUUACCACCAUACAGUCUGCACUGCACUGAGAUUUCUUGCAAGAGGCAGAGUGUGUUUUUGAGCUAUUUGAAAAGUGUACCGGGCUCUGAAACUAUUUCUGUAUUUUCAUAGUCUACCUUCUUCCUAUGUGCCUUAAAAACAAAGGGAAUUAAAAGACCUAAAUAUUAUUAUUACAGCAUUUUUAAAUAGCUGUGGCCCAGUUACCAAUUUAGCAGAAUUUACAGUAUGACUACAGUCGCUUCAGAAAAGAUUCCCACUCACCCAUUUUACUGCCAUAAAUUCAUACUGAAACUGAAAACAACGCACAAUAUGUAAGGAGUGAAGGUGUGGGAAUCCUGACACAAGUGUAUCUGUAUCUGUAGAAUUCAUUCAUGACUACAUGUACUAAUGUCCUGAUGAUGUAAACAGUGAGACAGUUGCACUAAGAAGCUGAUCUGUUUUGAUGAGGACACAAAUAAUAAAUGUUCAAAUUAUAGACAGCUGUUAUACCCCAGUUCUUUUACUGGACA